AACGUCUAGCUUGGUCUGCUUGAUAAUUUAAUGCUCAAUAAUAUUUAAUAAUCAUCAUCAUUACAAUCAGACAUGGCGAGAGGCAGUAGCGCAGGUUUUGACAGGCAUAUUACUAUUUUUUCGCCUGAAGGACGAUUAUAUCAAGUAGAAUAUGCUUUCAAAGCAAUUAAUCAAGGAGGACUUACUUCAGUUGCUGUAAAAGGUGUUGAUACUGCUGUGUUUGCUACACAACGUAAAGUUCCUGAUAAAUUACUUGAUGCAUCUAGUGUUACUCAUAUAUUCCAACUUACUGAACACAUUGGCUGUGUUAUGACUGGAAUGAUUGCUGACAGCAAAUCACAAGUCCAACGUGCACGAUAUGAAGCCGCUAAUUUCAAAUACAAAUUUGGCUACGAAAUACCAGUAGAUACUUUAUGUCGCCGUGUUGCUGAUAUUGGUCAAGUUUACACGCAAAAUGCUGAAAUGCGACCACUUGGUUGCUCGAUGAUGCUGAUUGCUUAUGACAAAGAAAAAGGACCUUCAAUCUACAAAGCUGAUCCUGCUGGUUACUUCUGUGGUUACCGCGCUAUCUCUGUUGGUGCUCGACAGACCGAAGCUAAUUCUUACUUAGAAAAAAAAUUAAAGAAGAAACAAAAUUAUAAUUAUGAUGAAACAAUACAAUUGGCAAUAACUUGUUUAUCAACAGUCUUGUCGGUUGAUUUUAAACCAUCAGAAAUAGAAGUUGGUGUUGUUUCUAAAGACAAUCCUAAGUUCCGGGUUCUUACAGAACAAGAAAUAGAUAAACAUCUAACUGCCAUUGCUGAAAAGGAUUAAUAAAAUAAAAAAUAUAAAUUUCAUUAUAAUUUUUAUAAUUAAUAAUUAUUUCUUUUUUAAUAUCAGGUGAAAUUUAUAAUACAAUUUAAUAAUUAAUUAAUUAAUUAAAAUAAA